GCGUAAUCUUGUUUCAUGUAAAUAGAAAUAGGCAGACCAGAUGGUGACAUGGCAGUGUCAUGUUCCAUUGAUGAGUUUGUUUUAUUUUUGAAUGGGUUAAAUUCUAUAUAAAAAUAUAAUUUUUCUAUUAUAAAAAACCCUCAUUUCGACGCAAAAAACCCUCAUUUCAAGGAUAAGAGAGCUCCACCUUCUCUCUCUUCUUUCUCAACAGUCUCUCUCUAGAGGCCAAAAGAAAAGAAUCCCCCUUUUCUCUCUCUCCUUUCGCUAGGAUUCGUCGUCUUAGGGUUUCUUCAAAAUUCGCAGUCAAAUUCUACUCAUCUCCCGACGAAUCAAUCCUCGAAGCUUCCCUAAUCUUCUUUUCCCAAAGCUUCUCAAUCUUCCGAUUUGGUUUUCUUCGCCUGCCGCUUAAGAUCUAGCUCGAAUCUCGCAUCCCCUUUUCUCUCUGGUCAGAUUUCUCCAGGGACUAUUCACGUGCGGACAGAUCUGACCCGUAUUAAUUGCUCUAGUUGCUGGGAGAGUAUAAUGGUGGAAGGGAAUCAUCAUCAGUAAGGCAUAAAAUCUCUUUCUAGCACCUUUAUGGGAUCCCCCAUUAAGAUCAACUCAAUAUCCAUAGAUCUCAAAACCGCUGUCAACGAGACUGAUGUGGCCAAAUGUGAUCAUUUCUCCAUGCGUGGAUUCGCAGCUGAAACCCGUAAGAGUGACCGUAGAAAAUCUUGGCCGUUUUCUGAGGAAAGUGUUCGUUUGUCGGACGAACAAAACGAUUCUAAUCCUUCUCAACCUUCUCGAAAGCAUAAAUGGUGGGGUUGUGAGAGCUGUAUCAGAGAUAUAGAUCUUUCUGGCACAAAAGAUUCUCCGCAUUCAAACCCAGUAACGCUUGGUGGAAAGCCUUUGGUUAUCAUAAGUGCAAGCGAUUUAGUAACUGUCACUGGUCACGAAAUUGAAAGGAUGACCGAUAAUUCAGUUAAUGCUGUAUUUAAGGAGAAUGAAGAUGUAAACAUUGAGAGAUCUCAGGAGCAUGAUCAGACAGCUCAAACAGUUGCAGCUACUACGUUAGUCGAGAACGUUCACCCUCCAUCUAUGGAUGACCAGACAGCUCAAACAGUUGCAGCUACUACGUUAGUCGAGAACGUUCACCCUCCAUCUAUGGAUGCUUCAACCUCUAGGAGGAGCAAGAGCAGAAAGCUUGAGAGUCAAAAGCCAGUAGCCAACAAGAGACGUAAAGUAAGAGCAAAGAAACCAUCAUCAGUGGAUAUUAGCAGCUCGAAAGGGAAACAAACUGUGGACCAGGCGGCAGCAACAGCGUUGGGGUCAUCUGAGAUAGCCGGCGUGGCCGAGAAGCCGCGGCUGCCAAACGCAAGCAAGAAGCGCAGAGGCAGUUGUGUUGCGGUGGAAAGCGUUAAAGCGUCAUCAGCAAAGAAUAUGAGUGGAUCGCAGACAAGGAAAGUUCCCAGGCUUCGUCGACUGAGCGAUAUUGAAGACACGACCAGACCCAGUGGUGGUAGUAACAACAAUCCCAGAAAAGAAGAGCCUUCUUCCAAAACGGAAUCGGUCAGAGGCAAAAAAAGAAAGCUGCCGUUACCUGAAAACAAUGAUGUCAGCUGGACAUUAGGCACGAAUGGGGUAGCUCCUGACUCUGAUCAAGGUGAUGGUGAAUCAACUGAUAGUGGGUUUGACAGAGAUCCUAUCAAGGGUAAGCAGAAGAACCCGAGGUUUCAGAUCGUUGACGAGUUUGUACCAUCACAAGAGGAGAUCCGUGAGAAUGAAGCAGAUCCCGGUACGAGUGCUUUACCAACUCCGGUGGCCUCUUUAUCCAGUGGGAAAGAUUCGGUUUCUUGUUCUCGGAGUGCGAAGAAGACUACUCCCAGAUUAUCCAAGAAGAAGAUGAAGCCAGUCAUAGGUAACGGGAAGAAGACCCUCACUACCGGUGCGGAUGAAGGAAACCAGGUGAAACCGGGAACCGGUCCAUCCACAAACGCAAUUUCCCAACCGACUCGGGAUCUGUUGAAGGAGAAGGUGGGCAGUUUAUUCGACGACGACCGUCUGGCUUCAGAAGGAUAUGUCAGAAAAUCUAGCACCCCUCAGGCAAAUGAUAAGCCGGUCCUUUCUUUGCAAGUGCAAGACAGUGAUCAUGUGAGGGCAAAAGAUGCAGAAGCAAACAACUCUCUUCCAGUUUCUGCUCCAUCUUCUAAAUCCAACACAGGAGCGGACGUUGUUGACUUAGGCAGCAACAGCAACAAUGCGAAUACAUCGUCGGCUUUCCGUAACGUUACCCCAAGACACACCCCUUCUUCUACUGAAGUAGCUCCUGAUCUGUCUUGUGUGCUUCAAAAGGAUGCUGACAGAAAGGGGAAGAGAAUAAUGGUCGAAGAGAAUGAUGAAGCUUCCGGAAGCCAAAGCCACGAUGCAAAGGAGAAUAACGAUGAUAUCCCCAUGGAGAUAGUCGAGGUCUUGAGGUGUCUCCCCGACAAGCAAGAGGGCGUUAGCAACAAACAGCCACCACAAGAACCGGCACCCAAACCCAAGAAGGCUCUGAUGAUUGAUCUCAAUGUAACCUAUGAUAGCGAGGCCUCGAGUGAGGACAACAGCAUCAACAUCAGCGUCAACACAUCAAAACCGCCGAGUGAGGACAACAACAACAACAUCAGCGUCAACACAUCAAAACCGACGAGACCUUCUGACACCAGUGCAAGGAAGGAAGAACAUCUCCCGGUUGGAAAACAACAGAGACCACCUCUCGACUUCUUCCCGAUAAGUCAGUCUAAUUAUGUGCCUUCUCCGCUUGGAAGCUUCCCUCCUACGAAAGAAAUCCCAGCUAGCCCCUCCAUCGGGUAUUCCGAUCACAACCGCCAGUGGCUAGGGAACGUGCCAACCAUGGCUAGUCAGAACCUAUCUCCGUCCCCAUAUCGGAUGCUACGUGGCUGCAACACGUGCCACACUCUCCCUCAUCAAUACAGAGAAGCAGCUCCUCAUCAGAUUUGGCCAUCUUCCAUGAUGCCACCACCACCACCACAGAGUCUUCACAGGCCAUCUUCCAUGAUGCCACCACCACCACCACCACCACAUGGUCUUCACAGGCCAUCUUCCAUGAUGCCACCACCACCACCACAGGGUCUUCACAGGCCAGCUUCUUUCAACAUGGAUCAGCCACCGAACCUUGGUAUGCUUUCACAAGCAUCAUCCGGCAACGGAAACCCAUGGAACGGCCUCAACUUUGUUGCCUCCAACGGGAAGCAAAAAUGUGGGCCUAACUCAGAGUUCUCAUUUGCCUGCAAACAUGGUGGUGGUGUUGGGAGUAGCAGUAGACCAAUGGACGCCUAUUCGAAGGAGAGCACUAUGCCGGCACUGCAUCUACUCAGCAUGAUGGAUCCUCGGGUGAGGUCAAACGCUCCUGCUGACCACCACGGGAACACCAAAUUCACUAAAAGACAUUUUCCUCCGGUGAACCGGUUCAAGUUUCCGACAGGGGGCUCUAGUAAGACGACAUCCUACCAAACCAAGCAGACACCUUUUCAUCUCUACAGCACGACGACGUUCGCACCCGAGCCUGCACGCACGACCUUCCCCCCCGUUCAGUUACCUGCUUCUACUACUAAGAUACGUGUUGAGUAUGAACGUACACGUAGUAAAUUUAAUCAAGAGAAGGCAGCCAAGAGACAAGGCAAGGUUGCGCCGGUUCGCGCUAGUCGUGAGAAGCAGGUGUUACCUAGCAGCAGCAACGACCAAGGGAAAUUCCAGCUUCUCGGGGCGUCUAGUGCCGUGAAGCUCCCUUUGAAGUCUCGCAUGACAGAGAACGAGAAGAAUCGGAAGAGAAAAGCAGAGAGCAGCAGCGAUGUCUCUGCGCGGGCUUCGACGAGCAGCUCUGGACCCAUGCUGUGCAGCUUCAACAGAAACCCGGCUGAUUUCACCGUUGCUAUACCUGGGAAUAUUUACUUGUUUACGGGUGGACCCCCCGAGGUGGCAAGUCUCGGAGCCUAUAAGAGAAAGACAACCUUGUGCAUGGAGGUCGCGUUGAACCCAGCUGGUCCAGUUGCAUAAAGUGCCUAAAGUUAUACAACGUGGAAGAGAUUUGUGCAGAUACUCAGGGAUUAGCAGAGGAAGGGGGAUACAAAGAGACUAAGAGAGAGAGAGAGAGGCACCAUUGCUAUUGAAAUGAAGAAAUAAGUCAGGAAACAGUAAUUUGAACCUUCCUCCCGUUCUUGGAGAUCUGUACACAUCUCAUACACAGACACCUUUUUAUCUUUUCUUGUGUUUGGUCUCGCAUACUUUGGAAACAUUCAGCGUGUGUCAGGCCUUGUCUUUUCGUUUUUCUUUUCUUUGGGAUACCUUUUUUAGUCUUUUUUAUUUAUACAGUGUAUUAGUCUGAUUUAUGCAGUUGUAUUAGUCUUAUUUAUACAGGUGUUGUAUUAGUCUGAUUUAUACAGUUGUACUAGUCUGAUUUAUACAAUUAUUGUUACCGUUACAGCCGGUGUGAAA